GAGGGCGGACCUAGUGACGUAGAGCUGAGGCUCUGGCUGUUUAUUGUUCCUUCUCCGGCGCCGACACAGAAAAACAGGUUGACAACCAGCAUUUCAACGCAGUUUACAGUCGGCUUUACGAAGGUGUGAUAGUCUGGACAACUAACUGCGCAAAUUGGGGGCCAUGGCAUACGCUUACCUCUUCAAAUACAUCAUCAUCGGAGACACAGGUGUCGGAAAGUCAUGUCUAUUACUACAGUUCACAGACAAGAGGUUUCAGCCUGUUCACGACCUUACCAUUGGGGUGGAGUUUGGAGCGAGGAUGAUCACUAUAGAUGGCAAACAGAUUAAACUGCAGAUCUGGGAUACGGCUGGUCAAGAGUCGUUCCGGUCCAUCACCAGGUCUUAUUACAGAGGAGCAGCAGGAGCACUGCUGGUCUAUGACAUCACAAGGAGGGACACUUUUAACCACUUGACGACCUGGUUAGAGGAUGCUCGCCAACAUUCCAACUCCAAUAUGGUCAUCAUGCUCAUUGGCAACAAGAGUGACCUAGAGUCACGGAGAGAGGUAAAGAAAGAGGAAGGGGAAGCAUUUGCCAGAGAACACGGCCUCAUAUUUAUGGAGACCUCAGCCAAGACGGCCUCAAACGUAGAGGAGGCUUUCAUCAACACAGCCAAGGAGAUUUAUGAGAAGAUCCAAGAGGGUGUUUUUGAUAUCAACAAUGAGGCUAAUGGUAUUAAGAUCGGACCGCAACACCCUACCACCAACUCAACACUGCCCGGUAGCCAGGGAGGCCAACAGGCUGGAGGCGGCUGCUGCUGAAGGCCCCAAAACAAACCUCUUCAUCCUCCUCCUUUAACCCCUGAAUCCCCCCCCCCCACCCACUUGCGUUUCUGCAGAACUUUGCAGGCUCAGUAACAGUUUGUUAAUCUGUCUCUCUCCAUCCUGUCAUCCAUCCCCUUGCUUUCCUUCUGUCAGACCACCCCUUUUUUUUUUUUGCUAAAAAUCAUACCCGAGCGUCUCAUGGCUUACAAGAAUGGUGUCAGCUUUACCUCACUGAAAUUCUAAACUUCACAUUUUCCUUGGGAAGAUGCAUUGGUUUUAACUGGGUUUUUUUUUUUUAAUUGACACCGAGAGGAUGAUGAUAAGCUGUACUGGGGAUGAUGGUAGUGAAUUUGUCCAGCCAGAGACAUGCCUGUGGGUGGGGUGGGGGGGGAUACACCAUCUGACACUGACUGGAUGGAAUAAUAAACCAUGUGUUGCCUAUAUACUCACAUCGCCACAUGUUUUUAAAGAAAACGAUGCAGCACAUUGGUAGCAAGGCAUGUUUGUACAUGUAGGCCCUUGCGUGUAUAUGAUAUAGACAUUCCAAUGAAGUCAGUCUUUCAAGUCACUACCCUCUGCUCAUAAAACUGCUCCCCUUCCUUUGUUUUGUCUUCAUGUCAACUUGCAGGUGAAAUGUAUUUAAUGAACACUAAAUAAUCAUAUGGCUGUUUUAAAUCGUCCUGGAGAGAGAAUAAAAGACCAAACUGUCGAGUGUGAGAAUGAAUCCUUUUGGAAUGGUAGAAAAAUGAGGAAAGUUAAAGAAAUGUCAAGGGGGAUGUUGAGAGCAGUGGCUGUCAUAAUGAAGUUGAGAAUCAAACAAACAAACAAAAAAAAGGAAUAAUUGGAAACCUUUUGUUAACUGUAUUUAUCAUUCGCUAUUCUGUGUAUAUAUGGCUGCUUAGAUUUUUCUCUAGCUUCUUUGGCUGUUAAAAAGUGGAACUUUGGCAAGUUGCAGUCUUCACCGGGGCUUUAAUAUUUAAAAGAAAUGUAAAAAAAAAAAAGAGAGACCUUUGUGGCGCUUCAACCA